UGACGACUGAUCCCAUCUGGCAACACCAUCUUCCGGUUCUGCUUAACACCUGUUUCAUCCUUCGACCGCCUCACAGUUCCUUUGGUCUCCUCAUGGGCCUUCUCAUGAGGAUGCUUUGUUCUUGUUGCAAACAUCAUCCGUGCUACACAAAGACCUUCGGUUGCCAUUGAAAGUAUUUCCCUUAGAUACCUUGGAACGCAAGUGCGUCACCAUCAAUCCAGCUCUUGGCAAAAAAAGAAAACAGCUAAGCUACGCGCCGAGGCGUGUGAGCUUUAAGCUCUCGUUACUGAAGUCGCAGCUGUUGCGAUGGCGCCGCCCGCGACGCUCGGCGUCCCGCAAGUCUACUAUCUGCAGCAUUAUGAUUCACCCAUUCCAUUCUCGCCUGGCAAUCAGGCUGGUCGCGGGGGGCGAUAUGCUGAGGAAGAGGGCGACGAUGACGACGAAGACUAUGUCAUGUCUUCUUUGCGCAAGGUCCGCCGCGGAGCAGCCAAGCCCAAUCUCCAGCAUGCUUCAUCGCGAGAACGCGCUCAGCCCGAUGCGCACAAACGCUCCCACUCUGAGUCGUUUUGCUUCCCUCUUCCUCCGACUGACAUUGGGAGCACUGCCGCGACACCAUAUGGUGCACCCGUGCCACCCAACUACCCAAAGCCCCCCGUGGAUCACGCCUAUCCGCUCGGUACGGGCCUACAGGCGCGCCAUACCCUCCGACGACCACUGAGCAUGGCGCAUCUCAAGUCUGUUGCUGAAGUUGCUGCCCUCGACGAGCGUUUGCAUCCGCGGACCAUCGAGCAGUGGCGCGUCGAGGCGGAGCGCUACGCCCACGCCCAGGGCAACGAUCAAGCUGGUGCAAGGCCCGAUGGAGACUUCGACGCCCUUUCCACUGUCGAAUCGUGCAGCACCAGUGAGCCCUCCUCAUCCUCUACUGGUACUUUUGCGGAUACAGCGGCUGGCACGGACACGGAUGCGAACACCGACCGUUUAGCCCCCUCUCCUUCUGGCGUUGCGCUCCCAAAGAAGUCCAUGAAGCGCACUCCAGUCGCGUCAGGUUUUCUCGGCGUGCCGCUUGCUCGAACCGCUCCUGGCAGCUGUUCGUCCCACUCAACAAGUACGGUGCUCAGCUCCGACAAAAGCAACGAGAGCGACAGCAGGCGCGGAAGCGACGAGACCAGCUUGUUCAUCCGUGACGUGGGUGAUCGGCGGCGGAGCACUGCCACGUCCAUCACCACACUGCCGACUGACACAGAGUGCAGGGGCGAUGCGAACUUCAAGUUGGACAACAAGGUUUCGCCAGUGCGGACAGCGAAUGUCGCGACCACCACACGUGCGAAAGUCGGCGCACAACAGGAGAUUGACGGAAGAAAUCCGAGCUGGACUCUGGUCAAACAGUAUCACCAUGCCGCCUCAGGCAUACCAACAUCCUACUCACUACCGUCUAUUGUCACCGAUAGCGUCGCGCCUCUCGCUUAUAGCAAAGUUGCCGCCGUGCACACUGCCAUCCCACCCCUUGACUCUAUCGGCACCGAUCAAUACCCUCAGGCUGUCCAACAUCAUCGUCGUCAUAAACAAGAGGAUUUGCUCGCUCGCCCGCACCGCCGCACAGUCAGCAUCGAGCAGCUGUACGACGAAGACGCUUGGGAGGAUGAUGACGGCGAAGGCAACGCAAACCUGUACAAAGAUAAUCAACUGCCUGAAGCUGAUUACACGGAGGGGGAAGAAGUGGGCUUGGGCGCACAAGAUGGUGCAGACCAAGCCAAGGUUUUGCGUCUCAGGCGCAGCUUGGAGCUCCUCAACCUCAGAGGCGACUUUAGCGAGCAUGCAACCCCUUCCGCCUCGCUCAAGCAACAUGGUCGCGCGGCCAGACAACGGCAACAGCAGCCAAAGAAACGACUCAUCAGCUUGGGCGGCGCUGGUGCUGUUGAGGUCGACGACUUCGGCGCGCCAAUCGAGAUGGCAGCUCCGUCGCUUGCUGAGCAGCUCGCAAAUGCUUCCGACAUCGAGUGGUCUGUCGACGAGAGCGUAGCACCAUGCGUAUUGUCUUACCAGCUGGACACCUUGCAGGAUGCAGAUAUGACAGAUGAACGGCAUCAAUCAAGGCAAGGUCCCACAGCGCACGUUGUCGUCGUGCUGCGCAGCCCUGCACUGCGCGACGGUACGCAGCACGAUGCUUCCGUUGCAGAGGUAGGCAGCAGCUGGAGCCGAGCUGCAUCCCGUGUCAACAGCUUCAACCAUCAUCAUGCGGCCGUGGGUGGCGUCCGUCGUCGCGUCUCCUCCGGCGGACGCCAAGCGGUGCGUGGGGUACUCCCUCGGAAGGUGUCGAUUGGUCGCAAGCCGCCGUCAGGCGUGGCAGGCGUGAAUAGAAGCACAUCGAUCAUCUCGAGCAUCACGGAGGACUCCCCGAUUCUCUCUGGGGCGCUGUCUGCUUCCGCUGCAUUGCAGCCUCUGCUGAGCAACAACAGCGGCGGAACCGCGAGAGCUCUGCUCAUGAGUCCUCUCGAUGUUGAGAGGCUCUUUGGCGUACCCCUUUCUGCCAUGUCUCCUCCAGUAGGCUCGAACCGAUCCCCAAUCGUCGUGGCUGACGUUGCAGAUGCCCAUGCGACCGCGUUGCAGCUUCUUGAUGAGCCCAGUGGAAGACAGCCUCAGCAGCGACACCAACUUGCUGCGGCCAAAUUGGAGCUGCCGUCUAUCGCGCAGAGCUCCAAGGAUGGAUUAGCCGAAUUCAGCUACCUUCUAGAAAAUGAUUUCUUCGACCAAAUGCGGCCGCGCAGUCCGGAGCUUCACAGAAGCGGAGCCUCAAAGGCGCAGGUGUCGCCCACGGAAGUACUUUCCACCGGAACGACUUCGGCCUUACCUGGUAUACCGCCGCCUUUUGUCACGGAUCAGACACGCAUCCCAUCCGACUACCAAGUGGCCCCGAAAGCAUCUGAUAUACGGUCCAUGAUGUCUAAGCCUCAACUUCAUGAUGCGGGUCAGCUCAAAAACAUCCCUAGCGGGUCUACGGCGACAGUCCAUUAUCCGGUUCCGACGCCCUCACCCGCUUCCGUCCUCGACCGUUCGCGCCCGAAAACCAAACGCAGAGAACUCGAGCAACCGCUUUCAGCUGAGACGAGCCCUGUGUUUGUGGUGAAGACGCGCUAUCGCACUCCCGUCUCUCGGACGAAUAGCAACAUUUCAGAUGCUACUGUCCGGCCUCUGGUGCCGCAGCGAAAGGUUUCCAAGGACCAGCUCAGCCAACAGGCCAGAGAGGCGAGCAUCCCUAUCGACGUCGCAGAGGCGGAGGACUCGCUACCUGCUGGCCCCAUGUGGGUCGGAAAACACGUGAACCCGCACCCAGCAGCUCCACGCCAAAGGCCAGCAAUGCCACCGACGACACGUGUGUCCUUUGCAGACUCGGCACGCUCGAAACCAAUGCACCGCAACCAGCUGUCACAAUCAUUUACAGGGACGUCUACCCCUCGCCCACACAGCCUAGCAUCCACGUCUAAUGCUGCCGGAGCCGCCUUUGCUACGCCCAUGAGCAUGACCGCCCCUUCUUUCGUCUCAUCGCGCGGGCGACGCCCCUCGCAUACACAGAUCCUACGAGGCAGGGCGCUAGACGAUGUUCGCCAGUCUUGUCACGCGAAAGCUGCAUACAUCCGCGCGACGAUGGACGCAAAGGGGGGCACUUCGCUCGCUGUCACUCCUGCCAUGUCAAUCAACACAUCUUCGAGCGGCUCGUCACAAGGCACAAGAACUUCGCCGGUCAAAAGCAGCAGGCUCGGCGCAUUCGCAUCGCGGCCCAAAGCUGUUGAGAAGCCAUACAUUGCGAAGUCACUCUCCAUGCCCACGGCCUUGCUCGCAGGCUUGCGUCGUGACAGUGGGGCGCCCAAAGCGCAGCAGAUUGCAGCAGCCACCACAGAAGCCAAAGCAGCUAUCGCACCACUAAAUCGCCUGCGUCGCAGCAGCGACUUGAAGCCAAAGCCGAAGCCUCCGCCUGAGCCCCGACCGCGAGUCUCUACCGGCAAAGGUUUCGACGAACACGGUGCACGCAUUCCCGCUCGCUUGCAGCCUUCUGUGCGCAUGGCCGCAAAGUGGACUAGCAUUGAACCAGCAACAGCCGCCCCAGCUUUUCCGGUUCCACCUGCCGGUAUCCUUGUCAGCCCACCAGAUUCCUCAUGAUCAUGUACUUAGCUCACGACGCGCCUUUACGGGU